AUGACCUGCCAGGCCUUCAGCACCAGCGAUUCCUUCACGACUCUGAGCGGAGAUUCUCUGCUCAUGCACCACAGCGGAGCCGCAGACUGUCUGCCCGCCAACAUGGGGCCUCCAGUGCACUCAGGUCUCCCACUGGUCCAGUCAUCCAAACGCUCUCACAUGCAUCUGUCCACUUCCGCUCUGAGUAACGCAUCAGCCAGUCUGCACUACCCGAUGCCCCCAUGUCACUAUAGCAACCAGCAGACCACCUACGGCAUGAUGACGGGAGCUCUGGCUCCACGCCUCUAUAAGUUCCCCGAGCACGGUUUGGGCGGGGGCUCGUGUGCUCUGACCCACAGCUUCCAGCCACUGCCCCAGGCCCUGCUCACGGAUGAGCCCUCUCUGGGGGACAUCAAGCAGGACCUGCGCAGGAAAAGCCGGCCCCUGGAAGAGCCCCCUGAUAUGGACUCGCCUCAGAUCCGGGAACUGGAGAAGUUUGCUAAUGACUUCAAACUGAGGAGGAUUAAACUAGGUUACACACAGACCAAUGUGGGUGAAGCACUGGCGGCUGUGCACGGCUCUGAAUUCAGCCAAACCACCAUCUGCCGCUUCGAGAACUUGCAGCUCAGCUUCAAGAACGCCUGCAAGCUCAAAUCCAUCCUGGCAAAGUGGCUGGAGGAGGCCGAGCAAGCCGGCGCUCUUUUUAAUGAGAAGAUGGGCAUGCACGAGCGUAAACGGAAACGGAGAACAACCAUCAGUCUUGGGGCUAAGGAAGCCUUAGAACGAAAUUUCGUGGAGAAGAGUAAACCAUCAUCUCAGGAGAUCGUGCGAAUGGCGGAGGGUCUCCAUCUGGAGAAGGAGGUGGUCCGCGUGUGGUUCUGUAACCGCCGGCAGAGGGAGAAGAGGGUGAAAACCAGCCUACACCACAGCUCGUUCAUGGCCAAAGAGACUGCAGCCUGUAGACCCUGAAGAACCAGAGUCUCCAGAUACUCUGCUGGGAUGUGGUAUUAUUAUCCACGGGCAAGAAUACACACCAGACUUUGGCAGUGAGUGGGUUUAUUGUAGUGUUUAACCAGCAGUAGUGGCCUAAUACAAGGACCCCCAAAAAGAGUUUGAACACUUUUAAAAAUGUCGGAAUAUUAUAUCCAAAUAUCCAACCAAAUGACAUCUGCUUAAACACUAUGACCUUCGGAAACACUUGGUGUCAUUUGAAACGGUUAAAAAGUGUCCCAUCAGAAUAACCACACUGUAAAAAAAAAUAUUUUCAUGAUUUGUAAUCACAACAUUUUUUUCUUUUGUC